UAGCAAGAGGGACCCUCAGCUUCUACAGUCCCAAUCUCACUCACUUUCUCACACUCAAGCAUCUGGUAUAACCAUGUGGACUCGGGCCGGUGCACUGCUGCUCCUCGCCUGCUGUCUCUGGGCAGUGGAGGGACAGAAUGAGAAUGGCAACACGAGGGCAGGCAAUGGUGGUGCUGCUACUGCUGCUGCAGAGAACAGGAAGAGUGUCUGGGAGGACCCCAUCCAGUUCAACAACAAGGCAAAGGACUUCUGCACCAUGAGUGUCACUGGCCAGGGAAAUGUCACCCGGCUGAGGAUAUUGUGCCAGGGUGCCGAGAGAACAUACUGGUGCGAGUACACGGGUAAGCCCCAGAUGUGCCGUCCCUACAACAACAACCCUCACCACUAUUUCACCCAGAUCAUGUGGGUCCUGAGGAAACUCCAAAACGCCUGCCAGGCACCCAAAGCUAUCAAGCCUCAAAUGUGCAAGAGGGCACCGGAAGACGCACAGAUGGUGUUCUCUGCUUCCUCCACGCCAGAGGCUGCACCAGCAGCAAUCCCUGAAAAGCCAGAGAAAGCCCAAGAGCCAAACCAGGCAAAACCAGAGACCCCCAAGGUACCAUUCACCAAGCAGGCUAAGCCAGCCGCAACCAAGCCUGAGGCUAAAUCAGCAAGACCAGAGCAGGCAAGGCCAGAGCAAACUAAACAAGAGAAAGCCAGGCCAGAGCCAGCAAAACCAGAAGCAAGACCAGCACCUACAAAACCUGAAAAAUCCCGAACAGAAGCAAGACCAGCUCCUACAAAAUCACUGCAAUCCAGACCUGAGCAGGCAAAACCAGCAGCCGUAAAACCAGCAGCUGCAAAACCAGCAGCAGCAAAACCAGCAGCUUCAAAACCAGCAACUUCAAAACCAGCAGGCUCAAAACCAGUAAAGCCAGCAGUGAACAAGACAGCUGUUCUAAAAAAGCUUCUGACCCCCAAACCAACCGCUCUGAAACCAACCAAGCCCACUGUCAAGAGCAAUGCCAAACAGCUGGCACAAGAAUAUUGUUGGCGGUCACUCCAAGGCAUCUGUUCCUAUGUCAUUGAUUGGUUUCAGAACUAAUAAUGAAGAUUUAGAUUUCUUUUGAAGAUUACUUCAAAAGUCUGUCUAAAGAGGUGCUCAGAGUGGUUUUCCAGAAAAUGAUAAAUGGUAGAAGGGAGUUCUAACACCCUCUUCGCGGAAAUGAUCAUGCUGACACUGCUGUCAAUCAAAGAACUUUCCAGCCUGCCAUUUCACCAUGAUUUGUGCACUGUAAUACAAAAAUCUACUUGUUUCAACAAAUUACUAUUAAGUAACUAGUUACAUAGUCUUUUUUAGUUUACUGAACUUUUCAAUCCAAGUGUUACCUCGAGAAACAAAAAAAAUAGUUGGUCCAAACUUAGCUCCAACUCUAGAAAACUUGUCUCAUAUGUUCAUUCAACUAUAAAUUAUUUGUGAAUCUUAACUAAUAAAGUUGUGCAACUGGUUACACACAGUGGUUUUAACAUACAAUGUUUUCAACUUACAUAUCUGAUGCACGUUGACAUACAUCAUUACAUUGUUAAUUUAUACAGUCAUUAUUAUUCAACAUGUCAUCUCCUGGGCUUUGCACUCACAACCUCUCGGUUCAUGGUAUUCCUAUCCUCCUGCUAUACCACCAUGUCGGUGUCCAUUAUCAGUUCAUCUGACUCUUCUCUCAUCAUUGAUUUAACUUAGUUAUUUCAGCAAUUUGAUGUUUUUCUGUAUAGUUGUCUGAUGUUGGUGGGGCAUGUUACUCUGUUUUAAAGUUUUAAUUUAUUUAACCUUUAUUUAACUCGGCAAGUCAGUUAAGAACAAAUUCUUAUUUACAAUGGCAACAGACACCGGCCAAACCUGGACGACGCUGGGCCAAUUGUGCGCCGCCCUAUGGGGCUCCCAAUCACGGCUGGUUGUGAUACAGCCUGAAUUCAAACCAGGGUGUCUGAAGUGACGCCUCUAGCACUGAGAUGCAGUGCCUAAAACCGCUGCGCCACUCGGGAGCAAGUUACUCCUUAAUCACUAUGAUAAAUAAAAUAUUUGUUCUCUAAUGUACUUUUAACAGAUCUGAUAUUUACUUACUGAAGUGCAAAGUGUUCCAAUACAGGUGAAACAGUAAUUAACAGGCAUGGUGGCAUAGCAGGAAGAUUGGCAUACUGUGAACCAAGAGGUUGUUCAAAUCCACACAUGUGAAUAUGAAUUACUGUAUACAUGCACAAUGUAAUCAUGUGUGUCAAAUAUCUAAAUUGUUGCAAUUAGUUCCACCGCCUUUUUCAGUUAAGAUACUCAAAUAAUCAUUUCUAGUUGAAUUAACAUGAGACCAUUUGAGCAACACAAUCUUAAAUUGAUUAAUUUUUGGAGCUAAGUUUGUGCCAACUAAAAAUGUUAAUUUCAGGUAACACUUUGACCAAAACAUUUUGUAAACAAAAAAAAAGCUGUGACACCAGUUACUUAAUAUUAAGUUCCAUCGAGACCAAUAGCAAAAACAUAAUUCCAAGGGUCACAAUGCCAACUAAAAGCAUCCAUAUCUGAAUGUGUGGAUCGGGUAUGGACAGAUCUUUAAAUCCAUCAUCUUUCACAUGGUACUCAUUUUGGUGAGUUUUUACUGUUGGUGACAGUUUCUUUACAGUUUGGUUUUUGUGUCAGACAAACCUAUGAUACCCUAUAAUGGUCUCUCCUAAGGCAGAUAUGCCAUUGGUUCUGCCUGUUUUGUAUGUUUGUUUAUGUGUACGUUUGUAUCACCAUAAGCCAUGUAUUGAAAUGCAUAAGGUUGUGUCAUUCACAUUUAGACUGGCAUAUUCAGCUCAACCACUGGUUCAUUGGACUGAAAGGUCACAAUCAAUGAAUGAAUGUCGACAUGUGUAUGUAAUAAAUAAAUGUGUGUUCUGAAUUA